CCAUGGUGUAUCAAACAGCGUAUGUCUCCGACCAUGGAAGAAUUGGCUUUGUGCUGAUGUAUGAGCCGCGGGAACUUCAGUGAUAUCUACCCAUAUACGUGUGGCGGAAUGUAUGUUGCCGCAUCACAAGAAACUGCAAUCACCUCACCAAACUACCCUCGAAACUAUCGCAGCAAAAUGUUCUGCAAGUGGACUAUAUGGGCAGCUUCUAACACGACCCAGAUCCGUCUUAGUGGCAAUUUCUCCCUUGCAGGCGGCACCAGUGGUAACUGUGGUGGAGACUAUCUGAACGUGUACGAUGGUGCUGAGGAAAAGUCCAAGCUGUUAAACCAAGUUGUAUUGGGACGAGCUCUGAUACUCUACAGUCAACAGGAAACCUUCUUACUGUUGUCAUGA